UUGGCUGGUCAACAAAGUAGCUGACGUUAGCUUGCCAAACUAACUAAGCGACACACUUGGCGGAUUAGGAUGCUAAGGCUAGUGUGGUGCUGGUCGGCGUCCAAAAAUAGCCGCGUUGAGCCCGCACGCCGUGUGACCGCAGCUGUCCUGGGAGCGGACAGGUUGCAGCAGAACCCAGGGGGCAACACAAGGUGUUUCAGACAUAUUUCCCACCCACCGAGCUACAAAUCACCGCUCCACCAUCCCCAGCCGGCCUGCCACCUGAGUCCAACUGUCUUCAUGAGUAUGGCAUCAGGGGGUGAAGGCCCAUCCUCCACUCCUCCCCAACACACCAACAGGUUGGCCAAGGAGAGGUCGCCCUACCUGCUGCAACAUGCACACAACCCCGUUGACUGGUAUCCAUGGGGACAAGAUGCUUUUGACAAAGCCAAGAAUGAAGACAAACCAAUCUUUUUAUCAGUGGGCUACUCAACAUGCCACUGGUGCCAUGUUAUGGAGAGGGAGUCUUUCGAGGAUGAGGAACUUGGCAGAAUCCUUAGCGACAACUUUGUCUGCAUCAAAGUGGACCGAGAAGAGAGACCUGACGUGGAUAAGGUCUACAUGAACUUUGUACAGGCAACAAGUGGAGGUGGCGGAUGGCCCAUGAGCGUUUGGUUGACCCCUGACCUUAGACCUUUCAUUGGAGGCACCUACUUCCCUCCUAGAGACCAUGGAAGAAGACCUGGACUCAAGACAGUCCUCACCAGAAUCAUGGAGCAGUGGCAGAAUAACCGUCCUGCGUUGGAGUCCAGUGGGGACAGGAUCCUCGAGGCUCUGAAGAAAGGCACGACCGUCGCCGCAAGCCCAGGAGAGAGUCCUCCUCUGGCCACAGGUGUUGCUGAUCGCUGCUUCCAGCAGUUGGCCCAUUCUUACGAGGAGGAGUAUGGAGGCUUCAGAGACGCCCCCAAGUUCCCCACGCCAGUAAAUCUGAUGUUCCUCAUGUCUUACUGGUCUGUGAAUCGCUCCACCUCAGAGGGGGUGGAGGCCCUUCAGAUGGCCCUGCACACACUCCGCAUGAUGGCGCUGGGAGGCAUCCACGACCAUGUGGCACAGGGUUUCCAUCGUUACUCUACGGAUUCCUCCUGGCAUGUACCGCACUUUGAGAAGAUGUUGUAUGACCAAGCUCAGCUGGCUGUAGCGUACAUAACUGCCUCCCAGGUAUCAGGUGAGCAGCGCUUUGCAGAAGUAGCUGAGGACAUACUGCGCUACGUCUCCAGAGACCUGAGUGACAAGUCCGGGGGCUUCUACAGUGCAGAGGACGCAGACUCUCUCCCAGCGUCCGGGGGGCGAGAAAAGCGAGAGGGGGCUUUCUGUGUCUGGACGGCCUCAGAAGUUCGGGAGCUGUUGCCAGAUGUGGUGGAGGGCACCGCUGGAACUUCCACCCAGGCAGACAUCUUCAUGCACCACUAUGGCGUCAAGGAGCAGGGCAAUGUUGCUCCAGAACAGGACCCCCACGGGGAGCUGCAAGGCCAGAACGUGCUGAUCGUUCGUUAUUCGGUGGAGUUAACGGCCGCUCGCUUCGGCGUCAGUGUCGAGAAAGUCAACGAGCUCCUGGCCUCUGCCAGAACCAAAAUGGCAGAAGUGAGGACGAGUCGGCCACGCCCACAUCUGGACACCAAGAUGCUGGCUUCCUGGAACGGUCUGAUGCUUUCGGCCUACGCUCGUGUUGGAGCCGUGCUGGGGGACAAGGCCCUGCUGGAGAGGGCUGUGCAGGCCGGCGCCUUCCUGCAGGAGCACCUGUGGGAUGGCGAACGACAGACCAUCCUCCGAUCCUGUUACCGUGGAGAACAGAUGGAGGUGCAGCAGAUAUCUCCACCUAUCUCCGGCUUCCUGGACGACUAUACCUUCAUCAUUUGCGGCCUGUUGGACCUGUACGAGGCCACGCUGCAGACGGAGUGGCUGCAGUGGGCCGAGGAGCUGCAGCUCCGGCAGGACACGCUGUUCUGGGACGACCAGGGAGGAGGCUACUUCUGCAGCGAUCCCAGCGACAGCACUGUACUGCUGCGACUGAAAGAGGAUCAGGACGGAGCUGAGCCCAGCGCUAACUCGGUGUCGGCGUCCAAUCUCCUGCGUCUGUCCCACUUCACUGGAAGACAGGAUUGGCUUCAGAGGUCCCAGCAACUACUGGCAGCGUUCUCCGACCGUCUGACCAAGGUUCCCAUAGCUCUGCCCGAGAUGGUCCGGUCUCUUAUGGCCCAGCACUACACAAUUAAACAGAUUGUGAUCUGCGGCCAGAGGGAUGCCCCCGACACCACGAGCCUUCUCGCAGCAGUCAACUCCGUCUUCCUUCCACAUAAGGUCUUGAUGCUCGUCGACAGCGAGGAGAGUUUCCUCUGCCAGCGUCUCCCCGCCCUCUCCUCCAUGUCACAGCUGGGCGGUGUCGCCACAGCCUACGUCUGCCAGGACUUCACCUGUUCUCUGCCUGUCACUGACCCGCAGGAGCUACGUCGGCUACUGCUGGACGUCACCGCGGAGACGAAGACAGAAUGACGACCAAAGAAUUAAACAGGAGGGCAGCAAUGCUCGAAGACUGCACUCCGUCAAUAUGCAGCGCUAGCCUAGUUUUGCCAUAGUAGAAUACCAAUGCUUAAAAAGUCGAUGCGCUACACUAGCAGUAGUGGUUACCAGCUCUUGAUUAGCAAAACCAGCGAAGUGUUACCUCGAAUAUCAACUCACGUUUUAUCUUAGAGGGCUUUGUGUGACAGCAGCAGUGGCAGCCUCCUGAAAAUAUAGCACUUGCACAAAAUGUCCUGGCUUGACUGUUACUCUUAAUAGACCUUAGACCACUUGGAGGAAUUGGACCGAAAAUGUUUUGCCAUGUUGUCCUCUCCUCUCCUGUGUUUCAGCUCCCACAUCCAUGUCACAUGGAUCUGACAGGGGAGGCCUACAUGCCUCUGUUGUGUGUGUGCGUGCGUGUGUGUGUGUGUUUGAGGGUAAGGUGGUUUGCAGGUGUGUAUUUUCCAUUUACAUGAAUUUUAAAGGUUCAUCAUGUAUGUGUUUUUAUUUAUUUCGCAGUAACCUCUCAGUGAAGGAGGGGCUGUCUCACGAACCUCCGUGUAACAUUUGCUCUCACGCUCGUUUGUUUGUCUGUUAUCUGGGAUUCUUCUCCGCUGCUGUAGAGACUCAUGUCUCAUGAGACUUUUAUCUUAAAGGUUUAGACAAUAGUGCACAGCAUGUAUACGCACAACCCUGAACAAUAAAGAUAUUUCUC